UCUUGAGGCUUGUUUUAGGACGUCCAUGGAAACCCGCCGUUUGGAAAGUGAAACUUCAUAUCCUCUCUAUACAAUCGAGACACAUCUUCGUUCGAGGUGGGAGAGAGGAAGGCACCACUGCCUCUAAAAUGAGUCUUUCGGGUAACAGAGAAAAGGGUGUAGGUCUCUCUGGAGAACCUGACCUUGCCAAUGCAACAGAAAGACCAAUCCAGCAGGAGAGACCAGACUCCUCUGUACCCAGCUGUCUGUCAAUGAAGAGUCACCAGUCUAUGGGGCAUCCAAUAGAGUUCCAGAGAGGAGCUGUCUCAACAGAACACAGAGACCAACAGGAGCGAUCAGAAUCAGAGAUUUCCAGUGGGACGCUUAUUCAGGGGAGCCACACAGACCUACAUUCCAUAUUUGAGUUGGUUGAAGAUAAAGUCAUCUCUACAGUAAGACGGGAGCUGAAGAAGUUCAAGACGUUUCUGUGUCCAGAUCUCCCAGAAGGCUUUAAGAGUCAGAGAGAAGAUGAUAACAAGGUGGAAGCUGAAGCUGAGGAGCAGGAAAGCAGUGUCAGAGAGGGGGCUCUAAGGAUAACAUUGUACGUUUUAAGGAGCAUGAACCAGAAGGCUCUAGCGGACACACUAGAGAACUAUCUUCUAGGCGAGCUUGCUGUGUGUGAAGAUAAACUGAAAUACAAUCUAAAGAAGAAGUGUGAACAAGUCUUUGAGGGCAUAGCAAACCAAGGUAACCCAACCCUUCUCAACAAGAUCUACACAGAGCUUUACAUCACAGAUGGUGGAUUUGGAGAGGUCAACAAUGAACAUGAGGUGAGACAGAUUGAGACAGUGGCCAAGAGACCAGCAACCCAAGAAAUAGCAAUCAAAUGCAAUGAUAUCUUUGAACCCUUACCUGGCCAAGACAAACACAUCAGAACUGUACUGACUAUGGGAGUUGCUGGCAUUGGAAAAACAAUCUCUGUGCAGAAGUUUAUCCUGGACUGGGCUGAAGGAAGAGCUAAUCACAAAAUUCAAUUAAUCUUUCCUCUACCGUUUCGGGAGCUGAAUCUGAUGAGAAGAAAGAAUUACAGCUUAAUUGAACUUCUUCAUCAUUUUUUCAUGGAAACUAAAGAAUCAGGAAUUUCCAGCUUUGACAUGUACAAUGUUUUGUUUGCUUUUGAUGGUCUUGACGAGUGCAGACUUCCUCUAGACUUCAAGAACAACGAGAGCUGUUGUGAUGUCACAAAGUCAACCUCAGUGGAUGUGCUGCUCACAAACCUCAUCAAGGGGAACCUGCUUCCCUCUGCUCUCCUCUGGAUAACCUCCAGACCUGCAGCAGCCAAUCAGAUCCCUCCCGAGUGUGUUGACCAGGUGACAGAGGUGCGGGGGUUUAAUGACCCACAGAAGGAGGAGUAUUUCAGAAAAAGAAUCAGUGAUGAGAUCCUUGCCUGCAAAAUCAUCACACACAUAAAGAUGUCAAGGAGCCUCUACAUCAUGUGCCACAUUCCAGUCUUCUGUUGGAUUUCAGCCACAGUUCUAGAGAGUCUGUUGGGUACAGCAGAAAAGGGGGAGAUGCCCAAGACUCUAACUCAAAUGUAUAAAUACUUUCUGAAGUGCAACUUACUGCGCAAAACACAGAAAUAUUCAAGGGGACAAGAGACAGUGGAGACUGAUUCAGAGGUAAAAACGUAUGCCGGUAUGAUUCUAAAACUGGGAAAACUAGCCUUUCAACAACUGGUGAACGGCAAUCUAAUAUUCUAUGAGGGAGACUUGAGGGAGUGUGACAUUGAUGUCAAAGAAGCCUCGGUGUACUCAGGAGUUUGCACACAGAUCUUCAGAGAGGAGUGUGGGCUGUACCAGGAGAAGGUGUACUGCUUUGUUCAUCUGAGCAUCCAGGAGUUUCUGGCUGCUAUGUAUGUAUAUGUCACAUUUAGGAAUGACAAUGAAAAUCUAAUGGCCAAACCAAAAGCCACCGCCAGAAAACUCCCAAUAUCCGAAGAAACCCCAUUAACCGUCCUCCAUAAGAGUGCUGUGGACAAGACCUUACAGAGUGAGAAUGGACACCUGGACCUCUUCCUCCGCUUCCUUCUGGGUCUCUCACUGGAAACCAAUGACACUCUCUUACUAGACCUAUUGGGAAAGCCAGAAAGCAACUCUGAGACAAUGGAGGAAACAGUCAGCUACAUUAAGGAGAAGAUCAGGGAGAAUCUCUCUCCAGAGAGGUGUAUUAAUCUGUUCCACUGUCUGAAUGAGCUGAAUGACCAUUCUCUAGUUGAGGAGAUCCAAAGCUACCUGAGUUCAGGAAACCUUUCUGAAACAGAACUGUCCCCUGCACAGUGGUCAGCUCUGGUCUUUUUGUUGUUGACAUCAGAAGAGGAGCUGGAGGUGUUUGACCUGAGGAAAUACUCCAAAACAGAAGAAGGUCUUUUGAGGCUGCUGCCAGUGAUCAAAGCUUCCAGUACUGCUCUGUUGAAUGGGUGCAACCUGACAGAGCGAUGCUGUGAACCACUAGCCUCCAUUCUCAGCUCGAGCUCUUCACAGCUGAGAGUGCUUGACUUGGCCGACAACAACCUGAAGGAUUCAGGAGUGAACAUGCUCUCUGCUGGACUGGAGAGUCCAAACUGUAAACUACAGAAACUGAGGUUGUCAUUCUGUGUGAUCACAGAGGAAGGCUGUGCUUCGCUGUGUUCAUCUCUGAGGUCAAAUCCCUCCCAUCUGAGAGAGCUCGACUUGAGCUACAAUCACCCAGGGGACCGCGGAGUGAAACUACUCUCUGCUUUACGAGCGGAUCCACACUGCAGACUGAAGAAACUCUGUGUGGACCAUAAUGAAGAAUGUUAUUUAAAAUCUGCACUUAAGAAAUAUGCCUGUGAGUUGACCCUGGAUCCCAACACAGCCCAUAAUGAUAUGACUCUGUCUGAGGAAAAUAGGAAAGUCACACGGUUAGAAGAUGAACAGUCUUAUCCUUAUCACCCAGAGAGGUUUCUUUUCUGGAAACAAGUGCUGAGCAGAGAGAAUCUGACUGGGCGCUGUUACUGGGAGAUGGAGUGGAUUGGCCUCGAGGCUCAUAUAGGAUUGACCUACCAUGGACUUGACAGACACGGACGGGGUGAUGAGAGUGGCCUGGGAUACAAUGACAAGUCCUGGGCUCUCAGCUGUUAUAAAAACUACUUUACUACCAGGCAUGAUAAGACUCCCACCACCAUUCCUAUUCCCCCUUCCAGCACCAACAGAGUAGGAGUGUAUCUGGACUGGCCGGCCGGCACCCUGUCCUUCUACACAGUCUCUUCUGACACAUUGACCCACCUGCAUACAUUCCACACCAAAUUCACUGAGCCCCUCUAUCUAGGAAUUCGGCUUUGGUGUCACGAAUCUGCAGUAUCCCUGUGCACGGUACACUGUAAAACGUAAAUGCCUAACCCAUUAAAAGAUUUGAAUAAUGACUAAACAAACUUCCAAGGUCAGUAGAACUCGUAUCAUAAAAGUGGCCCUGACAAAUAUGUCAGUAAUAUUUCACAUAAUUUAAUGUUUUUGAAUGAAGUUCAAAAAUAUUAGGUUAUUGUGUAAAUGUAACUAUGUAUUUGUAUUCUGCUAAUAUGAAAUUUGUUUUUAAUUUAUAAGUUAUUAUUUAAUAUUUAAUUUAUAGAUUUAUCUAACAUUUAAUAAAUGACCUAUUCUUACUUGAUAUUUUGUUUUUUACUUAUUCUCGUUAAGUAAUAGUCAGACAUGUUGAUAUUUGAGUAAAAUACACUUGAUUUAUCUGUGUUUUACUUUAUAAUUAUUAAGAGUACUUACACUAAUGAGCCAAAACAUUAUGACCACUUACAAGGUGAAGCAAAUAAUGUUGAUUAUCUCCUAACGAGGGCACAUGUCAAGGUCUGGGUAGAUUAGAUGCAAAGCGAACAAUCAGUUCUCAUAGUAAGGAUGCAGGAUGCAG